AUGUCUUUGCAAACUCCUCCAGUAGCUUACUCUUACGCUCUGCCUUCACCGCCAUCCUUUGAAAAUAUGGCUGCUGAUCAAAAUAAAAAUAACUUUGCAUCCCCAAACCACAACCAACAGCAGCAGCAGCACCAGCACCAAGGCGAGGUCUAUCCUUUUGCCACAGCAGCAGCUGCUGCUGCCGCAGCUGCAGCAGUAAAUCCUGCAUCCCAAGAGUCCCAUCUCUUGAAUAAUCCUUCUCCUUCAAUUCAUGGCCAUCAUCAACAGUACCAGCAAGUCUCAUCGUCUUCUGCGUACACUCACUCAGCUUCUCCUGUCCUUAAUACUACAAUCUUCCCUCCUACUCAAUACUAUUCACCUCAUUAUCUCUCUCAACAACCUCAGCCCCAAUUGCCUCCCCCCCAAAACGUUGUCUAUGACCCUUACUCACAACACAAUAUCCAAUACUACCAACAUCAUCAACUACCAUCUAAUGCUACAACACCAUCAUCCCAUGAAAUGGCCAGACCAGCAAACUCCUCUUCCUUUUCAAUGCCUCCCCCAAUGAUCUCUCCAAGCAUGUCCAUUUCUUCAAGCAAUUCUAGCAUAAAGAGUUCAGUCUCUGCUACUUCUCCAGACUUGAAUUCAAAACCUAUUUCUCCAUCCUCCCCCAAUUCUUGUUCUUCUUCUGCCUCUUCUGCUUCAUCAAAAAAUACAAUUUACUUUACAGUGGUCCCAGGAACUCACCAACACAAAAGACCCCGAAGACGCUAUGAAGAAAUUGAACGUCUAUACAAGUGCUCAUUUGAGGAUUGCACAAAGGCUUAUGGCACAUUAAACCAUUUGAAUGCUCACGUCACGAUGCAAAAACAUGGUCCUAAGAGAACUCCAGACGAGUUUAAAGAAACUCGGAGACUCCACAAGCUUAAAAAGAAAGAAGAGGAAGAAGCAAGGAAAAGACAACAGGCAAUGGCAGCUGUCUCUGCAGUUUCUGGAGUAACGGUGGUUUCAAAUAAUGCUCAACUUGUACAAAAUAUCCCUGCGGAUCCUCACCAAUUACAUCAUCACCACCAUCAUCAGCCACCAUCACAUUUGGCUCCAAAUGUGAUUUCCCCAACUCUUGCUCAACACCCUCAAGCAUUAGCUCCUCAAUUGGCUCCUCCAAUUAAGCAAGAAGAGUUUCAAGAAUAUUCUGCAAUGCCAGCCUCGGCUUAUAAUUAUUCCCACCAACAGCAGCACCAUCAGCAGCAGCAGCAGCAGCAGCAGCAGCAGCAGCAGCAGCAGCAGCAGCAGCAGCAACAACAACAUCAACAACAUCAACAGCAGAUUCCACAACACCAACAAAACCAACAACACCAGCAACACCAACAACCUCCACCUCAACAACAGCCUCAACAACAAGCCUAUCUUUACACUAGUGCACCAGUGGCUGUUCUUCCAGCCACUGCACCAUACUCUAUGAAUGCAACAACCACAUCCUCAUAUGCUCCGGCAGGCCCGGCGGCGUACCUUCCUGCUCCCAUGUAUGGAGGAACCUCUUCUAUGCACCACGCUGGGCCUUCGGUGGAUGACUUGCAUAAUAAAUAA